AUGGCUGCACCAACAACUACAACUGUGGCACCUAGUACCACAACUGUGGUGCCAGCCACGUUAACGGCUGCGCCAACAACCACAACUGCUGCAUUAACAACAACUGCUACACAAAAAAACACAAAUUUGGCACCAACUACGGCAACUGUUGCACCAAUCACCACAACAGCUGCACCAACCACUACAUCUUCUGCCCCAACAACUACAAAAGUGGCACCAACAACCACAACUGCUGCACUAACAACAAUGGCUGCACCAACAACUACAACUGUGGCACCUAGUACCCUAAAUGUGGUGCCAGCCACGACAACGGCUGCACCAACCACAACUGCUGCAUUAACAACAACUGCUACACAAAAAACCACAACAUUGGCACCAACUACGACAACUGUUGCACCAAUCACCACAACAGCUGCACCAACCACUACAUCUUCUGCCCCAACAACUACAAAAGUGGCACCAACAACCACAACUGCUGCACUAACAACAAUGGCUGCACCAACAACUACAACUGUGGCACCUAGUACCCUAAAUGUGGUGCCAGCCACGACAACGGCUGCACCAACCACAACUGCUGCAUUAACAACAACUGCUACACAAAAAACCACAACAUUGGCACCAACUACGACAACUGUUGCACCAAUCACCACAACAGCUGCACUAACCACUACAUCUUCUGCCCCAACAACUACAAAAGUGGCACCAACAACCACAACUGCUGCACUAACAACAACUGCUGCACCAUUAACUACAACUGUGGAACCUACUACCACAACUGUGAAUGCUGCACCAGCCACCACAAUGGCUGCACCAACAAUGACAACUGCUGAACCAACAGCCACAACUGCUGCACCUAUUACCACAACUGUGGUGCCAGCCACCACAACUGCUGCACCAACCACCACAAUAGCACCAACAACAACUGCUACACAAACAACCACAUUAUUGGCACCAACUACAACAACUGUUGCACCAAUCACCACAGCAGCUGCACCAACCACUACAUCAUCUGCCCCAACAACUACAACAGUGGCACCAACAACCACAACUGUGGCACCAACCACCACAACGGCUGCCCCAACCACCACAAUUGCACCAACAACAGCUGCUACACAAACAACCACAACAUUGGCACCAACAACCACAACUGCUGCAUCGACAACAACGGCUGCAACAACAACCACAACUUCAGCACCAUCUACUACAACAGCUGCCCAAACAACUACAACAGUCAUCCCCACAACCACAACUAAUGCAACAACCUCUACAUCUGCAGCUCCAACUUCCACAACCCUGGCAACAACAGUGGCACCAGCAACCACCGCAAAAGAAGCUGGGGUCAGCUUUGGCUGGAUCUCCACCACAGUGGAGAUGCGGGCCCCAGGGGAACUAGAUCUCCAGAACCGUCAAGGAUAA